AUGAGGAACCGCUCGGGCAGCACCAGCGACGCCGAGAUGAAAAAAAAGAAGGGCAACCGCGCGAUGGGGAAGAAGAAGUACCCAAAGGCCGUGAAGUAUUACACGAAGGCCAUCCGGGCGGACCCGAAGAACUCCACCUACCACCUGAACCGGGCGAUCGCGCACGCCGCCCUCGAGCUGUGGAAGGACGCGGAGGUCGACGCAGGCAGCGCGGUGCGGUUGGGGAACCCGCCGUCCACCAAGAGCCACUACCAGCUGGCGCGCGCGAAGCUGCGGCGCGGGAUGCUCGACGACGCGAGCGAUGCGCUGGAGCAGGGGCUUCAGGAGAAGCCGGGCGAGCCCGCGCUGCUCGAGCUCCAGAAGGAGAUUGGGCGCGCCAUCGCGCGGCGGGAGCAGCGCCGGCUGCGCGAGGAGCAGGAGGCGGCCAGCCGCGCGCCCGCGGCUCAGGGCCCGGGCAGCGCCCGAGCGCUGCUCGACCAGGCUCGCGGCAGGUACGAGGCUGGCGACCUGAGCGGGGCGCUGGAGCUGUUGCAGGCGGCCCGCGAGGCCGCUGAGGCGGACGGGGCUGGGGACACCAGCCGGGAGCUCAUGAGCGUGCUGUCGCUGUUGGGCAAGGCUUGCAUGAAGAGCCGGGAUUGGAAAGGUGCUGCCACGGCUUUCCGUGGUGUCGCGGAGUUGGAGGAGAAGCUCUUCUCCCUGGACAAGCGAGAGGAGCGUGAGGCGCUUGCCACCGCGUACAACAACUUGGGCAUCUGCCUCAAGAAUGCGGGGCAGAUGAGCGAGGCGAUAGAUGCCUUGAACAACGCAUACAUGCGCGCUACCAACGGCGACGACAAGAUGGCGACCAUGCAGGCCAUGCAAGUGGUGCAGAACCUGGCCCAGUGCUUGCGGGUCCAGAGAAAGAUGCGCGAGGCGGAGCAGAUGUUCGCGCGCGCCCUCGAGAUCGGGAACCGCCUCUGCGGAGAGGACCACUGCGCGAGCGCAUUGAACCAUCUGGGCUUGGCGCGAUGUUUGCGCGAGCAGGGCAAGAUCAAAGAGGCGAUUAUGUCCUACACAAAGGCGCUCGAGAUAUGGGUGAGCAAGGACGCCAAGACAUGCCUGCAGGAGCUUCCAGAGGUGCCCAGCGAGGACAGGGUGGCGCAGCUCCAGGAACAGACCAGGGCUGAGCUCGGCCAGCUGCUCGCGAUGGUCGAGCAGGCGCAGCGCGGCUCCGCCAGUGGCGAGGGGCCUCUGGCCCAGCCCGCCGUGGCGGCCGCGUGA